CGACACAACCAUAUAUUCAAACUCAAAGAUGCAUCAUUUACCACAAUCAUUGCAUAACUUUACUCAUUGCUUUACGAGUUAUGGAAAUCGAAUCUUGAAGUCGCGCACCUCAUGUAUCUAGAAGACUAGAACAGAAAAUUGGGGGACCAUGGGUAACAAGGAGAGAAAUUUUACAGCUAGGAGCUGGAAAAUAGAUCCCCACAGGCCACAACAGAACACAUCAACAGACUCAUUUACUACCCCAUCUAUAAAUACACAACAACUACACUUCUUCUUCUCCAUCUUCAGUCAUCACCAUUCCCAUCCUCUCAGAGCUAAAACUCAAAGCUCGUUUCUCCUCCUCCAUUGCCUUCCUUCAAAACCCUCCAUUUUGCCACUUGCCCAUCCAAUAGGAAUCGAACACAGGACAGUUUUUUUGCAAGUCCUCGUUUCCUUCCAAAUCCCCUUCUCUCUGUUUCAACUCCAUCCCCUGUUUUUCACCCCAUUAACUCGUUUAAUUUCCCAGCCAUGGAAGCUCUCCAAGGCAACAACAAUUACUCCUUCUCCACCGAUACCGACAUCAGUACCUCCCUCUCCCAGCUCAUACUAAUGGGCGGCGCAGGCUCCAACACUCUCGAUUCCAUCUUCUCCCUCUGCAGCCAUCACAACCCAUCACCGCCGGCCAAAACAGAGCCGCUCGGUUCCUCUGUCUACCUCCACCAGAGAGAGCUUCUCCAGAAAUUCAUCGAACAAAACAGACCCACCACCACCACAACCGCCACCAUCUUCGGUUCGAACAAUUACUCCCUCCAGAGCUCCUUUUUACUCCAGAGGAGCAAUCCGCCGUUCCCCGCGGCGGCGGCGAAGGCGACGAAGCUGUACAGAGGUGUGAGGCAGAGGCACUGGGGGAAAUGGGUCGCCGAGAUUCGGCUCCCGCAGAACAGGAUGCGUGUCUGGCUUGGCACCUACGAAACCGCCGAGGCCGCCGCCUACGCUUACGACCGCGCCGCCUACAAGCUCAGGGGAGAGUACGCGCGAUUGAAUUUCCCCAAUGUCGACGACCCAAUCAAAUUGGGGCUUAUCGAUUCGGCGAAAUUGAAUUCCCUAAAGACCUCCGUGGACGCCAAGAUUCAGGCAAUCUGUCAGAAAUUGAAAAGGGAGCGAGCUAAGAAGAUCGCCGCGAAGAAAGCCAACGGUAAUAGCAACAGCAGCAAUUCUUCUUCUGCUGCUUCAGGGGACAACCGUGAGAGUGGAAGAUGUGUGAUGACGAAGGAAGAGCCGCAUUCGCUGUCCCCGUCGCCUUCGCCGUCGUCUUCUUCGACGACGUCGACGGCGACGGCGGGAACAGAGUAUGCGGGGAUGGCGCCGGAGGAGGAGAUGGUGAUGGACGGUGGAUGUUCACUGGCGAGAAUGCCGUCUUAUGAUUUGGAACUGAUUUGGGAGGUUUUGGCUAACUGAUGAUCGCCAUUGUGAGAGAGAGAUGCAGGGUAAUUAGAAAGGUUGGGACUUGGGAUUGGGGUUGAUUUUUGGUGGCAGAGUGGCGAGGAUGAGAUGCAGGAGAAAGUUGAAUUUCUCUUCGUUGCAUUAUUGGUGUGUGUUGGUGGUCAGGCGAGAGGGUACACUUUUCACAAUUUACCGGGCAGUAAAAGUAUAUAGGCCUUGUUUUUUACCCGAGGCCAUAUAUGUAUUUUCCAGAGCCGUCGUAAACGAUGUUUGCUUUGCUCUAAUAAGUACGGUUAGGACUGUUUAACAAUAAUACAGUGGUGAUAUUUCCAUUUAUUGUAACCGUCUUAAUUUAUAUCUAAGUUGUUGACGAAUUCUUGGACAAUCCACAUUUUGAAGCAUGGAAACGAAAUUUAAGCUUUGAAUGUCGUUUCAACAACCGAUUUUCAUAGUAACUCAAACGUGGCGAUGAAUAUCAAAAUUGAGAUUUACAUAAUUUUGGUAGACAUUUUCAUAUGAAGUGCAUAUUAACCAAUCAAUAAUUCGCAACGAUGGGAGACUCAUCACUCUUUUUGUAUGAUUGGACGAUUGGUACCUACUGUUUGUAGGUCUUGAGUAGUAGGCAAACUCUCAUGCUCUUCUUUCUUCGUAUGUUUCGCAUGCAUUAAAAGUGACACAUCUGAAUCAAGCGGAAUGCUCCUCCUCCACGGCAUUCGGUUCUUUGGAUGAUGAUCCAGUUGCCAGAUGUGACUUUCAUACCAGUUUCCAUCCAAUCUGCAGCAAAUGCUUAUCCAUUGCUGCAGGGCUGUGGUCCACUCCCAUCUCUGUUUUCUUUUGCAGAUUAGUCGAGACUUAGCGUUGUUGCAAAGAUAACACUUGGAUGAGGGGAUGAUGGGUUGCCCUGGAUCUUUGUCAAAUUAUAGUUUUGACUCUCUUUGUGUUGUUUUCUUGGGGGGUUUGGGAACAACUUUUGGUCCACAUGGAACCGACCAUUAGGGCACGAAAGUCUAAAAGACUAAAAACUGUAGUUUAAAAAUAGUUUGUGAUUAACUAUUAUUAUUUCGCAUGAGAUAAAAACUAGUAAUUUUAACUAAAAACUGUGUUUUAAUUAAUUUUGACAGUCUAAAGUUGUGAUUUUAAAGAAGUGUUAUUUCGAUCUCUUAUUUUGAAGAGAGAGAAAAUAUCAUUGUUUGUUUAAUUAAUCGUGGAAAAUUGACACAACUUGGUUUUAUUCAUUUAUGGGAAUUAUUUCACGAGUUCAUUGGAAUUCAUAAAAAAAAGGAGUGGAUAGAGUAAAAAAAUCUCGUCCUGCAAAACCCGAUCAUAUUACAAUAUGAUGAUACGAUCGUGGUUUUACAAAAUUUUUCAGGUGGGACCGUGUGAAAUUUUGUACUUCGAAAGUGGAACCCAAUUUAUAAAAAUAUAUAUAUUUAAUGAAUGGGUUAGUAAUUAGAUCGUGAUUUUGCUAACUCUAUUACUAUAUGCAAGGUAAUUAGUUAAGGGCACAAAUCCUGGAUUUGACAUUCUAUUUUGGCAGCGAGACAGAGGGCCUGUAAGAAAAUGGGCUUGGACUCAUUCAGUGACUAGGCCUUCAAAGCAUUUUAAUCGCCUCAUGGGCCUGCUAAGCUUUCCUAGCGAGUUAGGUGGGCUAUCCAGGCUUAUCAGGAUGUUAUCGUGGACUUCUUUCUUAGGUUAAAUAUGUGGGCUUUGUCUGUGAGAAUGGGUUGGUGGACGGUGGUGUUUGUUCUUUACUUCUUGCUGGCCACUACCAAUUUCUCCUGUUAUUUGUUAAAAAUUUCAAUUGACUAGUCUAAUGAAAAUGUGAGCAUCAG